AUGCCCUCCGACUUGGAGCAGCUGCUCGACAUGGGCUUCGAAAAGGCCCGCGCCGAGGUUGCCGUCAAGAAGACGGGCGGUCUACAGGGCGCGCUCCAGUGGCUCGAGGAUAACCAGGACAAGCCGCUGGAUGAGAUUCAGGCCGUCGAGGCAAACGACGAGGACGAAGACGAGGCUGAGACCAAGGCCAAGAUUGCGGAGCUCGAGACGGGCCAGGCUCGCUCGCUAAUCUGCAACGAGUGUGGCAAACGCUUCCGCACCCCCGACCUGGCCAGCUACCAUGCCACGAAGACAGAACAUACCGACUUUUCAGAAUCGACCGAGGAAAUCGCCCCUCUGACUGACGCAGAGAAGCAGACAAGGCUCGAGGAGCUGCGGGAGCGGCUCAAGGCCAAGAAGGCCGCACAGUCCGUCCAGGACAAGGAAGAGCAGAAGCGCAACGAGAAAAUCCGCCAAAAAGCCACCAAAGAGUCUCAAGAGGCCAAGGAAGAGGUUCAACGCAAAGAGCAGAUCAAGGAGGCCGCCCGGAAGCGCCAGGAAAAGCAGGAAGACAUCGAGGCCAAGAAGCGCAUCAAGGCCAAGAUCGAGGCUGACAAGGCCGAGCGUCGCCGCAAGGCAGAAGAGGCCAAGGCCGCCCGCGAAGGCAGGGCCCCCGAGGCUCAAUCACCCGCCUCCCAGCCGGCAGUCGCGGCGCCCCUCAAGCCCAAGAGCGACCGCAACGAGGCCCGAUUGAGGCUCCAAACCGGCUCCGGCAACCUGACCAAGACAUUGCCGGCCGAGACGACCCUGUUUGAGCUGGCGCAGCUGGUGCAGGGCGAGACGGGCAAGGCCGUGUCGAGCUUCUCCACCACCUUUCCCAAGCAGACGUUUGAGGGGGAUCUAGACAUGUCCAAAACGCUCAAGGAGGCCGGGCUGGUUCCCUCGUCGGUACUCAUAGUCAAGUAG